GGUGUUAGCCAACAUUGACUUGUAUGUAUCCUCUGAGGUGAGGACAGAGAAUUUCAUUUCCAUCGUAAUAUUCAUCAUCACCCACCCGACCAGAAUCUGAUGAGCACACUGAAAGAUUAAGUGUCAGAACAAAAUCUACUUAUCUUACCUCUCCGAGAUGUGCAUCUUGAAAUCCUCUUCAACCCACUUGCUAAUUCUCUCCUUGUUUGUGUUCCUUAACUAUGCAACAGAAGCUGCACCUACAUAUAGCGCACAUGCCUGCACAGAUGGAUCCUUUUACCGACCCAACACAACAUUCCAAACCAACUUGAAUCUCUUCCUCUCAUCCCUCGUCUCUAACGCCACCCUCCACGACGGUUACUACCUCACCAACUUCUCCCUAGGAGCCCCUGGCGAGGUCAAGGGACUCUUCCUCUGCCGCGGUGACGUAACCCCCUCCGUCUGCCACGACUGUGUCGCCGCCGCGGCCGACAACAUCACACGCCUCUGCACCAACCAAACAGAGUCUGUAAUAUGGUAUGACGAGUGUAUGGUGCGCUACUCCAACCUUUCCUUCCUCAACAACAUAGUCCCAAGUAUUGGCAUCAGUUCCCAACAGAGCGUUCCUGAUUCCGAUAUUAACAGCUUCAUCGAUUUUCUUGCAUCCGCGCUGAAUGGUGUGGCGCAGGAUGCGGUGAAUUCUCUUUCGGGUAGAAUGUUUGCCACAAGAGAAGCGAGUUUCACGAGCUCAAUGAGUCUGUACGCCCUGGCGCAGUGUAGACCUGAUUUAUCCGUCUUCGAUUGCAACAUGUGCUUAACAGGCGCCAUCAGUAGCCUCGGUGAAGGAAAACGAGGUGCACGGAACCUGCUUCCUAGUUGUAAUGUCAGAUAUGAAUUGUACCCUUUUUACAAUGUUUCCGCCGUCUCCACUAAACCAGAGUCUCUUUCCCCAUCUUCAGGAAAAAGAAGUAUCUCUAUAAUUCUGGCUAUUGGUGUCCCAAUUGUCGUUGCGGUGCUACUUCUCAUUGUUGGCGUCUGCUUCCUACGCAAGAGAGCAAGCGAUAAAUACAAUAAUUCUUUUGGCCAGGAUUCAAGUAAUCUCUCUUUCUCCAUCAAACUGAUAUUUUCGUGUAAUCUGUUUCAAUUGCCUUUAAUUUGGUGGCUGAUGAUUAUUAUCUUUCUUUGCUGUGUAGUUGUGGAAGGUCUGAGCGAUGCGGAUUCAUUGCAAUUUGACUUGGCUAUGAUUGAAGCUGCCACGAACAGAUUCUCGGAUGAGAACAAAAUUGGCAAAGGGGGAUUUGGGGUGGUUUAUAAGGGUGUCCUCCCUGACGGACAGGAGAUAGCUGUGAAGAGGUUGUCAGUAACCUCCUUGCAGGGGGCAGUAGAGUUCAGGAAUGAAGCUGCCCUUGUGGCCAAGCUUCAACAUAGAAAUUUAGUGAGACUAUUGGGAUUUUGCUUGGAGGGCCAGGAAAAGAUUCUUGUCUACGAAUAUAUUCCAAACAAAAGCCUUGAUUACUUUCUAUUCGAUUCUACGAAGCAAAGAGAGUUAGAUUGGUCACAACGCUACAAGAUUAUAGUUGGCAUUGCUAGAGGAAUUCUUUAUUUACAUGAAGAUUCUCAACUUAGAAUUGUACACCGUGAUCUCAAAGCUAGCAAUGUUUUAUUAGAUCAAAAUAUGAACCCAAAGAUUUCUGAUUUUGGCAUGGCAAAGAUUUUCCAGGCAGACCAGACUCAAGUAAAUACAGGAAGAAUAGUUGGGACUUAUGGUUACAUGUCCCCAGAAUAUGCAAUGCGUGGUCAGUUUUCUAUGAAAUCGGAUGUGUUCAGCUUUGGUGUCUUGGUUUUGGAGAUUGUGAGUGGCAAGAAGAAUACUGAUUUUUAUCAGUCAAAUCACGCUGAUGACCUCUUAAUCUUUGCUUGGAAGAAAUGGACAGAGCAAACACCAAUGGAGUUUGUGGAUCCAACUCUGAGAGGUUCUUGUUCGAGAAAUGAAGUAAACAGAUGCAUCCAAAUUGCUUUAUUAUGCGUUCAGGAAAAUCCAUCUCACCGACCAUCAAUGGCCACCAUUGCACUUAUGCUCAACAGUUAUUCAGUUACCAUGUCAAUGCCACGACAACCAGCAUCUUUCCUGCGUGGAAGAACUCCUAACAGGCUUAACCGAGGGCUUGACUCUGAUCAGUCUACCACCGAUCAAUCUACCUCCUCUUCAAUUCCAUGGUCUGUGAAUGAAGUAUCCGUCACUGAAGUAUACCCUCGCUAAUGGAUCAUUUUUAGUUUUCUUCCAUCAGUCCACUGUAAUCAAUUUCAUCAACUAUUUGUAUCUAAAUUAAAGUACAACUUUUUUUUUUAUCUGAUCCAGUUAAGCUAUGA